GUUAUUAUAGAACUCAAUGUGUACAACAGCUAAAUACGUGAAAGUUUUUCUUUUUUUGCUUCCAUUAUUAUGUCUGAAGACUCAUUGAAUGAUCCUGUUAAGUUUGAUAGACAACGAAGAAGACGGAGAAGAGCGUCACGGAAUUUGGAUGAUGGCCCAUCGCGGGACGCAAACAAAAGUAGCCCAUCGAAAGGUGAACAUAAUUCAAAAAUUCCGUUUCAGGAUAUGUCUUCAAAGCAAAACGAAAAAGCGCAAAGACAAGGGAAACCAGGCUCAAGCGGAAAUAGUAAUUCACUUGAGCUGAAUGACGACAGAAGGAGCAGACAUCGAAAGUCUAGGAAAAGAGAAACAAAGGAUGCUACUGAGUCUGAAGAAACAGGUGAAAACAGUAUGGAAAGACAUCGCCGUCCAGUAAAACCACGUAUGAAUAGAUCAGUUAGUGAAGAAGUGUUACAAAUUGAAAGAGAGAUGAAUGAGGGAAAACAUGGCUUGAAACCAUACAUGCAUGGAACAAUUGACAGUACUAGUGCAAUGUCAAAGAGUAAAACAGAAAACAGCUCUUUUAAAUCAAGUGGGCAUAGCAGGCCGAAAGCCAAGCCAAAACGGAAUAAAACAAAAGACCGAUUAUCUCGCAUUCAAAGCGCAUCUGCUGAAGAAGAAAAUUACCAAGGAGAUUUGGAUGAUGAAGAAUCAUUCUACAAUGGAUUUAAGGUCGACAAAGAAGACUUGGUUACCGAAGGAUCGGCUAACUCAUUCAAAAUAACUGCACCAUUACCCAAAGUCAAUUCAAAAUCAGUUCUACCAAGCGAGCCUUUAGAUGUUCUCUUUAUUGAAAAGAAAGACGGUGGUUUUAAGAAGGAACAAAAAAAUGUUGUUGCCCAGAAAAUGAAAAUGAAUUAUCGUACAACAAGUGAUGAUUCUCCCAGAGUAGCCACAACCUGUGACUUUGCUGUGGCAACGCAAAAGGCUUUCAAAACAUUCGCUUUAUUUUGUCAUGGUUUACUUGCAGGUGUUGGUCUUUGUCAAUGUCUGUUCGUGUACACGCUAUCUUCAAACAACGGCGCGGAAAACUUUCUUUCCAAUUACUACAAACUGGCACAGCCCAUUGGCAGUAUGUUUUACUUCAUGUUAGCUGUUUGUACGGUAUCUGUGUUGGACAGUUAUGGAUUAGGAAGGACAAGAUCAGGGUUUUGUCACAAACUUCUAUCCAAUCCUCUAUGGACUUUCACAUUAAUCGUUUACGUCCUGUCCUUGAUAUUUACAUUGAGUGUGGCGAUGAUUGAUGAUAAAAUAAGUUUGUAUAAGAUCGAUCCCUCACUGUGGAAAAAUAACGAAGAGAAACAGAGUCUUGACGACUGGAAAAUUGUUAAUUUGAUGCGAGUAAUUGGUGCUGUGUUUGGAUGGAUGCUAUUGUCAUGGCAACCGAGAGGAGAUGCAUCUGAAGUGAAUCUAUUUGAUGAUGACCACGUGCUAUCCAAGCCACCAAUUCAGGCUCCUUCUGGUGACAAUGGUAAACCGUCUGCUCGUGGUUUUAAAAAAGACAUCCCGUGAAGUUAACAUUUCGAUGAUGAAGAGAUUUUUGAUGUUACUUGGAGUAAAGCAAUUCUAAAGCAGUCGUACCAAUCUUACUAAAACUGCCACCAACAUCUCGUUUCUACACGAAUGUUUACGCCUUGAUGUUUUUUAUUUAAAAGAUAGAAAUGUGAAAUUCAGACUAACUGACUGCAAUAGCAUUGUCCACGAAAUGCAAUUAUCUGAAAUUCCCAUCUGUUGUACAUUGAAUGUCAUAUAAUUUAUGUGAAAAUUGUAUAAAUAUGAUAAUAUAUCUUUAUUCGGACAUUUCAUGUCCGAUCAUGAA